GGGUCAGAAACACUCCACAGUUCAGCGAGCGCCGGGCACCGCACACGUCCAUCGUGGUGACAACUGUUAGUGUCAGAAAAGUCGGAGUCCUCACAUUUCUCAGAAGCAAGAGUGGCAGUUCUCUUAAGAUUAAGAUAUUAUUACGAACUCUUGUUGUUUUUUCACAUAGCACUUGAUUACUGAAGUCUUAAGACCGCAAGAUCCCACAGUGCCACAUACACUAGAGACUAUGGGCUCCCUGAGGGUGCUCAGGGUACAGUUCUUGCUAGUGAUGAUAGCGGCAGUCCUGGUGGAGGUGAGGGCACGAAGCCGUUAUUACGAUGAAGAGUGCUACACCGAGAGUGGACGAGGCCUGAGGCUACACAGUCACAAUGUGGACAAGUACCUAUCUGUGACCUCUCUGAAGGACUGUGAGAGGGCAUGUGACAUCGCCUUCUUCUCCUGCAAGUCCUUCUCGUAUAGCGAUUACCGAAACCGCGAGAAGGAGAACUGUCUUCUCUCGCGGGAUGACUCAACAACACUUAAUAUUCGCGACGAUCGUGACUUCUACCACGACAAGGACUUCGUCUACUACGAGAAAUCCUCAGGACGUGAUUGCCGCUACGAUGAUAACCUCGACAACUACAGUCGGAGUUGCUACGAUCUGAUCAAAACACGAGAGAGGAUCAACCGCCGGUUCAUCAUCCACGGAAAGGUGUUGAGGACUCGUGAUCGCAAGGAGUGUGAGAACGAGUGUGACAGAGAACGACUGUGUAAAGGCUUCAAUUACAGGUUCAAGACACAAGGCUAUGAACAAUACCGAGACAACUGCGAGUUAAGCAGCCAGGACGCCAGCAGCUCUUACGACUUCAACACAGACGAAGAUUUUGAUUUCUACGAGAAGAAACGCGACUGUUACUAUGGCGGUAGCGGAAGUGGGGGAAGUAUCGGAAGUAGCGGAAGUAGUGGAAGUAGUGGAAGUAGCGGCAGGAACGAGUGUUUCCGCCUGGCUAAGACGGAGGUGGCGCUGGAAGGUCGGGCUGUCCGAAAUAGUUUUACCGUGCGUGAUAUCCGGGAGUGUGAGCGAGAGUGUGAGCGCUCCCGGCGGUACACCUGCAAAUCCUUCUCCUUCAGGGAGUCAUCUGACCGGAAUCAAGGCAGAGACGACAGGUAUGACACCAAUCCAGGGAGGCGCGAAAACUGCUUCCUAAGUGACCAGGAGUCUCGCGAUGUACCUACCUACAACCUUGUGAGAGAACGAGAGAGUGAUUUUUACGAGCGACGAAUGUAUGAUAGAGAGUGUAGCGUUGACGACAGCGGAGACCAGGGCUACGAGUACUCUUAUGGCGAAGGAGAGAAUGUGGUUAGUGGGAUACGCUGUUACCGCGACCGCUGCAGGGAGGACCGUCAAGGAGGUUACUAUUUCUGCGAGACGGACUUCUCUGGCGCCUGGGACUACUGCUGCAGGCCUGAUGCGCGCUGUGGCUAUUCCCAGGACUAUGAAACUCCAUGGUGCUAUGUGGGCAGUGUGGGUCGUGACCAGUGGCGACCAUGCACCAAGCAAGGACGAGAUAGGGAUUACCUGCACUCAGGCUCUCACCCUGAGGCGGGGACUAACCUCACCACCACCGCUGCGCCUCCGACCACAUCCUCAAUUGAACUCAUCGACAUAAAUAUGGGAUAGUUCACCUCACAACUUCCUUGCAUUUCCUUAUACAGAAUACAAGAUACGUAGCGAGAUUUAUCCAAUGACCAAAUUUAAGACGAACUGGGAAAUAUUUUGUUACUGAGCCAGACAACGGGUUUAUCUGGGACUGCCGUAAUAAACUUUAUAAUUUUUAAAGCUUAUAUACGGUAAUUGUCUUUAUUAACUCUAUCAUGGACGGUAAAUCUACACCAAAAGUUAUAUUUUGUUCCUGAAUAGAUUUUUUUUACUUAUUUUUUUUUACCAUUUCCCUGAAAGGAAAAUUGUUAAAAUAGCUUAGAAUAAUUAUGGUAUGUUUUUUCGCCUUCUCGCUACCUAUGACACAAAGUUGAUCUAGUCUUGAUAAAGUAAAGUAGUUUCUGCUGUUUCUGUGCGUGAGAGUUUCUUCAUCCGUUUUCCUUGGUUGUUAAGCGGGUCAACAACAUUCCUGUUGAGCAGUAUUGCCAGAAACUCUGAUCUGAGCACACACCUCAUCAAGGCUUAAUAAUCUAUCUCCCUAUCAUAUUAAUGUGUUAGUCCGCUGCUCUAAAGUCAGAUUACUUAAUAAAUUAUUUACAUUAUUUACAAAUAAAAAAAUCAGGAAAAAACUAUUGUUGAAAAAACCAGAAACAUUGAAAUGUUUUACCACAGGUGUUGAGCGUGUACUGUACAUGGUCUGUAUUCAUUAACACUAAAAAUUUACUUUCUCCAUCGAUUUUUAAAAUAUUAGAAUUAUUUAAUAUCCCAUAAAUAUGUUUGUAUCUGCAUAGCAUUACAUGUGGCAUUACCAAGAGAAGCAGUGUUCCUUGUGGUAAAUUUGAGAACUUAGGAAAGACAAACAAUAUGACCGUUCUUCCUGCCAAUAAUAUCCACCACAACCUGUGUUAAUUUACCACAUCCUGUGUAUUACAAUCCACCGAGUAAACAAAACCUGAUCAACAAAAAAGUAACUAGUCGAUAUGUCAGAGAGGGAGAACAAGUGGCGUAAGGUCGGUCGAUAUACAACGUCUUAUUAUGUCAACAAGUUCACUCAAUCCUGAAUGACAAGAAAUUAGGACCUGGUAGUGUGAGCAGGCGCGGCCAUCGACCGAGUGACCUGUUUGUUGUGUUAGAUCACCCAGGCCAGGCAGCCACCCCUCCCUCCCUCCCUCCCUCCCUCAUAUUGCUGUGUGUUCCUGUCCCACACCUCUUUACCUGUUCCAUAUCUCUUCUAGCCUCAUACCUCUGUGUACCCAUCCCACACCUCUGUUCCAGCCUCACCACACCUCUGUUCCUGCCUCACCACACCUCUGUUCCUGCCUCACCACACCUCUGUUCCUGCCUCACCACACCUCUGUUCCUGCCUCACCACACCUCUGGUCCUGCCUCACCACACCUCUGUUGAUCUGUUCCACACACCUGCUUACCCUCUCAGAUUCUCAUUACGAUCCCACCAUAUACAUACACAUAAGGACAAUGAUAAAAUAUAUAAAUAAAUAACAACAACUAUUUCAUUUAUUAAUAUAAGUUGUAAAUCAAAUAGUAUUUUUUUUGUUUAUGAUUCGCUCUAUAAUAUGGUAGAGAGGACAACACUCGAUGCUAUAUACAGGUAAAGGUAUGAUGACGUAUAAUUACAACGUGUGCAAUCAAGGUAACAGCGGUAUCUCAGGAAGGUGCUGUAUGUUAACCUUGUAUCCUAACGUAACUGAUCUCCUUCACAGUUCAUGUCGAUCGUGUUUACUAUAUCAGUAUUAUGUUACAAGUAGUUUACUUUUCUCUCAUAUAAGAGAACUUGAUCAUGUCUAGUUUGUGUUUCACGUGACGAUUGCACGGUAUACUGUAACGAAUCCUCCCACCACUAUGCGUUACAACCAGUAAACUACAUUUUUUUAACGAUGUUGUAACGUGUAAUAUUACUAGUAGUGUCUCUGAAAUCUAUAUCACCUACAUGCUUCUUCACGAUAUUUUGAUGUUUUGGCCCCAGAACAACAAUAUUAACAGCACUUUUAGGGUUUAAGUUAUAAAAGGAACAUUGACAGUCGAGUGUAAGUCCUGACAGGGAAGGUUGCUCAAGUCAAGUACUCUUCUGUUGAUGUGACUUUGACAAUAUAUUUUGGAUGGUGUUUCAAUAUUCCUCUACUGUAUUAUUAGAUUAGAUAUUACGACACUUAGUGAGAUACAAUUCUAAGGUUGAUUUAAGAGCUGAUGCGUGAUAGUAAUUUGUUUAGUGUAGCUAGGGGAUGUACAUAGUCCUUUAGUCAUAACUGAGACACACAAACUAAAAUAUUCUCUUUAUGCUUGAGUACUGUAUGUAUUUUAAAGGUCAUCAUUACCUUACAGGAUAAACUGAUUAAGCUACAAGUGUCUAAGAGGAGUAAUCCGCCUUUAAGGUCUCAUGAGGAAGGUUCAGUGACUUAAGAUGAAGUAAAGAUAAUCACUUAUAUAAUGUGGAUGAAAUUAGCGAACAGGUCGAACAAUACACACACACUUAAGUCAAUGUUGUCCUCCACAUACAGAGAGAUGAUCAUAUACCAUUACCUGUGUUGUUUUACAGUUUCUCUUGUGUUAUUAUGUUUACCUAAACCUAACCUAACCAAACCUUGACUGUGAUGUUUGUGGUAUUAUUAAGGUUACAUAACAAAGUAUAAUUAUUCCUUUAGGCAAUCAUAGCCGCCGGAAAUAAGAUAAUAAUGCUAAAAAAUAUUCUUACGUUCUUCUUUGAUUAAAAAAAUCCUUUGUAAUAUCUAGUGGCUUUAUAUUAUCCAAUAAAAAAUAACUUGGCAUAUAUAAAAACAAUAUUUAAUUAA